AGAGGUGCCGCUGCUGUCACACAUCCCUUCCGACAGUCUUUGAUCGCAGGCAAUGAAAGGACACAGUCGAGGCUUUUGUCGUUGUGUUCUUCCUCUAUUUCUUUCCCCUCUUUCCUCCGCUGUGUUUUUGUCGCAUAACCCGUUCCUUUCCAUUUUUUCCCUUUACUGUUUUGUGUGUUGAAGGUUACUCCGAUGGCAGCAAACGCGACGCAGCCUACUGCAGGCCCUCCGCGUCUCCGUGGGACGGAGAGUGGCGGCGAUGUCCCCGGCAGCAUGGAAGUCCUUAUCAAGAAGCUGCACCCCCUCUACACAGAGCGUGUGCAGCCGCUCGAGGCGAUGUACAAGUUCGACGUCUUCCGCCCCAGCUGGUACGAGGAGACCAUCUUAAAUCAGCGGCCCUUCGUCACCCUCUUUGGGCCGUGGUCCGCUGGCAAGACGACCUUUAUCAACUAUCUCUUGCAAAAUAAUUAUCUGUGGACGGGCCCGCAGCCAACCACGGCGGAGUUCACCGUCGUGAUGUACGGCAAAGAGGCGGGCCCAAUUGACGGCCAGGCGCUGGCCAAUUCGAAGGAGCUGCCGUUCAAAGGGCUUCUUGAGUUUGGGGAGUCGUUUGUGGGCAACCUGAAAGGUUUCCAGGCCCCACACCCGCUGCUGGAGCGCGUGACGCUCAUCGAUACGCCUGGCGUGCUGGAGAGCACACAGGAAAUACAUAAGCGCAAGUACGACUACGUCAAAGUGUGCCGUUGGUUUGCGGAGAGGAGCGAUUUGAUGUUUGUCCUGUUCGACCCUAGCAAGCUGGACGCCGGGGCGGAGCUUCGUCAGCUUUUCAAGACGUCCUUCAAAGGGCUCGAGAGUCGCGUCCGCAUCGUGUUGAAUAAGGCGGACUCCAUCUCGACGCAGGAGCUGAUGCGGGUGUACGGCAGCCUUUUUUGGAAUCUGUCCAACUUUAUCGACACCACGGAGCCGCCGCGCGUGUACGUGGGCAGUUUCUGGGACCAGCCCUACAACCCCGAGUCCUUCCGUCUUCUGUUCGCCGAGGAGAAGGUGGACCUGUUGCAGGAGUUACUCGAGGUGAUACCGCAGCAGGCCAAGGACAAGAAAGUCGCUUCGCUGAUUCGCCGAGCAAAAGAGGUGCUGGUACACGUGCUCAUCAUUGGUGGAAUCCGGCAAGACCUCCCAGCUCUCUUUUUCAAGGCCAAGGCGAAGAAGAAGGCGUUAGCGGAGCUGCCGAAGCGGUACGAGUUGAUCGGCUCGCGCUAUAAGAUGAACCACCGCGACUUUCCCCCAGUCGAGGCCUACCGAACGUUUUUGGAGCGCUUCGAUGUGGAGAAGUUUCCUGAGCUACAGAAGGUGGAGAAGUCCGGCCAUAUCAAACGCAUCCAAGAGCUCAUUGACACCAUUCUACCAUCCAUGCUGCGCCCGGUGGGCAACACGACCGCCGCCAACCCUUUCGACGCGGAGGAGCGUUCCGCGCUACUGGCGGUGUACAAGGACUCCAUCCGCUCUCAGUACAGCGGGGCAGCCGGCAUUCAGGGCAGCACUGACAUCGUGGCGUCCACGGUGCGCAAGGGGGUCGCGGAGGCGUCCUCUUCGCCCCUAUGUCCCCCACCGCCCUCCUCUCCGUCCCCUGCAGCGGCGGACGCCUCGGCUGAGCAGCAGCAAAUGUGGCGGCAAAUGAUGGGCAUGAUGCAGCAGAUGAUGCAGUCCUCGGCGCCGCCGGCGUCGGGUGGGCAGCAAGGCGGGGGCAGCGCGCUGCCCGCUACAGUCAUGGCACGGCCUGCGCAGCCUGCUCCACCGAUGCCGGCAGCCGGCGAGUCUUCAGCGCCGCCCACGCCGUACGCGUUUGAGUCGGACAAUGAAAACGAUGGAGGACCGCCGACGGUGGCACCUGCGACGAUGGUGCCGCCGUCGCAGCAGUCAGCAGGUGUUCCUUCGCCGGUGCGGAAUACCUGGAUCAGCGCAGAUUGCUCAAAGCCACUGCAGUGA